UUAUAGGCUGGGUGUGGAGUCGGCGCUGGCUGUGGUGAGGACAGUCUCAGCCGUUGGAUCUGUGAGUGGCGUUGUGCGUGCGGUUCCUCGGCUCCGUGUACAGGACGUGGUUGUUAUCGGAAUGAUCCCAGAAGAAAGCUAUGGCAUGAUGGAUAAAUGUUGUAGCACUCCGAGGACUGCAAGGAGACAGCAGGAGAGGAAAAGUCAUGAGAGGCCUGGACUCCUCGGAGAGCCUACUACCCCCAUCCAGAGCCAGCCAUUUACAUCCCGCUACACUAUGGCCCCCGGCCAUGAGCUGGGCAGGGGGAAGUUUGCUGUUGUUCGAAAGUGUAUUGAAAAAGACACAGAGAAGGAGUUUGCUGCAAAGAUUAUGAGAAAACGGCGGAAGGGCCAGGAUUGCCGUAUGGAAAUCCUUCAUGAGAUCGCAGUACUGGAACUUGCCCUUGGGAACCCUUGGGUCAUCAAACUGCAUGAAGUCUAUGAAACAGCCACUGAAAUGAUCCUUGUCUUAGAAUAUGCUGCUGGGGGAGAAAUCUUCAACCGGUGUGUAGCAGAAAGAGAAGAGGCCUUCAAAGAGAAGGAUGUCCAGCGGCUCAUGAGGCAGAUUUUAAAGGGAGUUUCGUUUUUGCACAGGCACAAUGUGGUGCAUCUUGACCUGAAGCCACAAAACGUUUUAUUGACCAGUGACCGUCCGCUAGGAGACAUAAAAAUAGUGGAUUUUGGCUUGUCCAGGGUUGUGAAUAACAAUGAGGAACUGAGAGAAAUUAUGGGGACCCCAGAAUAUGUUGCACCUGAGAUCCUGAGUUAUGAACCAAUCCGCACAGCUACUGAUAUGUGGAGCGUUGGGGUACUGGCCUAUGUCAUGCUCACAGGCACCUCUCCUUUCCUGGGAGACGACAAGCAGCACACGUACUUAAACAUUUCCCAGCUGAAUGUCAGUUACACAGACGGGGACUUUGACGGGAUAUCGGAACUGGCUAUUGAUUUUAUCAAAGCACUUUUAGUGAAGGAGCCAGAAGGUCGAGCAAAUGCUGAGAACUGUCUCCAGCAUCCCUGGCUAGCGGAAGGCGAUCUCCCGUCUCCUUAUGCUAGUGCUAUGAAUUCCGUACAGGACAACAGCCAGACAGGACAAUCGGAAGAGGAGGAGGAGCUGAAAGAAGAAAGUUCCCCGAUUACCAGUCCAAGUCAGGUAGACUCGGAAGAACAGACUGUAACAGAGGAGUUGAUAUUAAUGGCUUCUUACACGUUGGGACAGUGCAGACAGACUGAAAUAGAAAAACAAUCUGAAUCUACAGCCAUUACAAAGCGAUUUAAGUUUGAAGAGCCAGUGUUGCAAGAGAUCCCCGGAGAUUUUAUCUACUGAGCUCUGGCAUUUUGGAACUGUACGACUUCUAGAGCUUGCAAGUUUUUCUUAGUCAUUGAGCUUCUUGAUUGACCAGAAGUUAACGUCAGCCUGCUGACUACUCUUUACAAUGGCAAGAUGAAUCCAAUUCAACAAUGCCGUGUUAGAUCUCCGAUUAACCAAGAUCUGUCUAAUUUCGAGUAUAUAUUUUUUUUAUUUAUUUCGUUUUUUUUUUUCUGGUUUGUGCCUAAACGCCACCAUAUAUUACCUAUAAGGUUGUGGAUUUCUUGAAAUGGCAGCACGAUAUAUUGUCGCCUGCUUUCCAUUCUAAGAUGUGGUCAGUGCUGCAAUACUGGAAAAUACUUUUUUUUUUUUUUUCUACAACCAUCCUUGUUGGAAUAAAUAUAUUUUAAUAAAAAAAAGGAAAGUAAUUGUAAAAUUGAAAUGCUUUGGGCGGCAUAUGCCUGGAACAUGAAGCUUGCAAAAAAGUCUUAAAUUAGCCGAUCAGUUAAUUUGCAUUGAAUACAUAAAUGAAUGGUACUUCAAAAAACAAAGGCCAUAUGUAAAUUAAUGUGCUGCAGAUCCCAUUUGUACUUUUUUAUAUUGUUUGUUCAGCAGAAGAGAUUAAUAAGAAAGGGCUAUAAAUAUCAUAUAGAAAUAGUAAUUAAAGCUGGCCAUACAUUACAUUAUAUAAUUCUCUUAUUUAAUUGCCUUUAGAUUUAUCUUCUACUAUGUAGUGCAAGGGCCUGCCGGAUUGUGUACAAAUACAAAGUGUUUAGGUUUUGACCUCCCUAUAUGGUUUUGGUAAAUCUAAAGGAACAUUGUACCAGAAAAUAUAAUAAUAAUGUAUGGCCAGCCUUAGUAGGGGGUGAAUUGGCUGUACACCCAAAUGGUGGUGACUGGGCACAAGUUAAAGGUCUACAGAUUAUUCUAUCUUUGUCGAAAGCUAAGAAAAAAAUCUAAAUCUCUAGAACUGUGUUGCUGUAGCAAAAUGAUAUACUGGAAGAACGGCGACGCUACCGUGCCCAGACACCACCACUGCAGCUACUACACCACCACCAAUUCAGAUGCUGCAAAAGCUUUCUUGCACAAUGUUUUUGUUUCAAUCUUUUAGCAACUCACUAAACACAAUAACAUUUCAGUGUAAUCUUUGCACAUUCAUUGCCAAAAGGAACGGGUGCCAAAAUGUGUUGUAACCACUUGAUCUCAUAAGAACAAUACAUGCAUCUCUUCUUCUAACAGAGUGAAACUUUGAAUUUCUUUAUCCCGAGUAUCACAGUAACUCUGGAAUAACAUGGAACACUUAGGCUGCAGUUCUUCACAACAUAGUGGGUUUCCACUGUCUGUUUUGGGGUACGGUCUACUGGUAGUUCUAAGAACUGCAGCGACUAGGGAAACAAGCUAACAUGGCAUAAGCUGUCCGCAGCGACUAGGGACACUAGCUAGCAUGGCAUGAGCUGUCUGCAUCGACUAGGGACACAAGCCAACAUGGCAUGAGCUGUCCACAUCGACUAGGGACACAAGCUAACAUGGCAUAAGCUAUCCGCAGCGACUAGGGACACAAGCCAACAUGGCAUAAGCUGUUCGCAGCAACUAGGGACACAAGCUAACAUGGCAUGAGCUGUCCGCAUCGACUAGGGACACAAGCUAACCUGGCAUAAGCUGUUCGCAGCGACUAGGGACACAAGCUAACCUGGCAUAAGCUGUCCGCAGUGACUAGGGACACAAGCUAACAUGGCAUAAGUGACUAGGGACACAAGCCAACAUGGCAUGAGCUGUCCGCAGCGACUAGGGAUACAAACUAACAUGGUGUGUUACGCAGAGAUAAAUACUUAAAUCUGUUGGUUCGAAUCAAUUAAAUUUGCACUAUUUUGGACGACUUAUUAUAUUGUUUGAGUAAGGAUAUUAACAAUGUUUUGUUCGCAUUUAGAUGGGUUACUGUACUCUUUCGUUAAGCUAGUGAUGAGACUCUAUACAUCAAUCUGUACUAUAGCUUAUUGUGCAUGUCAUUACUGAAGGAAGUUCUUCAUGUUGCUAGUCAUUGAGUUCCCUGUAAGCGGCACAUAAUGCUGCUUUGUAUAAUCUGCCGCAUUGGACAGAUGGUGUUCUCACAACAUAUGACCUAAAAAUCUCAUGCAAAGAUUUCUAAGCAAAUUAAAACCAUUAUUGGGAUAUGUUGUCUGUACUACGCCUGCAGACUUCCUGAGACUGAAGAUUCUUGUGGGGGUAAUUAAAACCUGUGCAUGGGUACAAUGGUCUUGUAGCCGUGCAGCCCAAUGGUGAUCGCGUGUCAAAUAGGUGUUCCAGGCCCUAGGUCAUUGGUAAUGGAAAUUGCUUGCUGCCUCUGAUCCUCAUUUCCCACCCCCAGAACUGUAUGGCCUGGAACAUCGCAUUGCACAUCCAUUGAUACCGGAAAUGUAACCCUACACGGUUUACUGCAAGGCUCUACACCGGUGUUCUGUUUCUAACCAGUCUCAUGGCUUUGCCUUUCAUUCACAGCCUAAUGAAGGGAGUGCUAAAUCGAGAUUGUAAAGGGAUAUGGGAUUCUCUUGUUAACUGAAUUUUCUCAUGCUGGGCCCAGCUAGUAUUUUGAGAGUCUUUUAUUAGUCAACUUGUCUCUGUCCCAAGCACCCCCCCUCAUAAAACAUUAUCCUGCUUGACACUGCCUGGUGGGCUCAAGCGGUGGCUCCAUUUUUUUCUUUUUAUUCAGUCGCCAAUCUUUGAGCUGUGAAUUGCCCAUACAAAGAAAUUGCCCCUUUCUGUGCAUGUGUGUAGUCACUAGGUACAUGCAGCGUACUGGAGUAGCUGGAGAUGCAGCCUGAAUUAUAUGGUCUAUUCCUUGGGGGGGGGAUAGUGAGAUGGGAUUAUUCAGUUUUUUAGUGCUCAGAGGCCCAAAUCAAUAAAAUGACUAGUAAAAGCGCACGUACAUUUUAAUGGUCUUUACAUCGAUGAAGCCAGUAAGCAUUUGUACUGCACAUAACUUUAAGGCCCGCAAUCCUUUUUAUAUGCGAUGCUGCUCAAAGGUUUGUGUGAAAGUAUUGGUUGCAGAACAGUUGCUUUAAAAACAUCGGUAGGUCCAUGCAAUAUGCCAGUCGUGCCCUUUUCUUCCCAUCUGGAAAUCCAUUUCACUGCAGCAGCAAAUUGGUGCAAAGGAAAGUCUCAAAGGGAGAAAGUAGCCAUGCUGCGACUUGUGGACUGCAUACUAGUUACCGGUCACUAUCAGGUCAGUGAUGUCAUUCGGUGGUCGAAAGUGCAUUUUUAUUUCACUUGGUAAACGAGGUGAAGCUAAUUAAAAAUGUCGUAAUACCUUGUGCAAGGAAAACCUGCAAAAUGUCACCUUAUUCACUAAACUAAGUGACAGUUGUGAAAGGGGGGG